GUAUUGCUUGUUAGUGAUUCCGUUUUUUACCUAACGCGAUGUUGGCACAAUUGUUACAUAACCUCACUUUAAAUUUAAAUUUGUCGGUUAUUUUUUUCGAAAAAUCGCUUAAAUAAAAUGAAACCCCUCAAUGUUGAGAUUAUUUUAAAGACUCAAAGCCACAUUUCUCGAUCUUCAAUAACUUCAAUAACUCGGCAUUAUUUGGAGAGUACCAAAAUACGAAGUAACACAGUAAUUACGCAAUUUGAUAAUGAGCACCACCCCAUACUUCAUUCGGAAGCUAAAGCGAUAAUUAUUGAGGAAAUCCCCGAUCUUGAGGGCUUUAUCAACUUUAGUCAAUACGAAAUAAAUUGGUACGUGUACACUCUUGAUAUUAACGGCCCCGUGUGCCAGAUUGAGGAAGGGGAUGGCGAAGGCGAAGGCCAGUUAAAUAUCGCCACUCACUUGAUGCUCCCCUCAGCACACGUUUACAACUUGUGGGAAAAUCUCUACUACGAUAACAACAUCAAGCAAAACUUGCUUAAAUACGCCCAAACAAUGAUGGAAUUCUCAGACCGUGGCGUUGACACAAACAUCGUGAAUUGCAACCGCGUUAUUCUCCUCCACGGGCCCCCAGGAACGGGCAAAACGUCCCUUUGCAAAGCCCUAGCCCACAAAUUAUCCAUUCGCAUGCAAGAACGCUACACCUCUGGCGUUCUAAUCGAAAUCAACAGUCACAGUUUAUUCUCCAAGUGGUUCUCCGAGAGUGGCAAAUUAGUGACUAAAAUGUUCUCAAAAAUAAUCGAAAUUGUAGAAAAUUCAAAUUUGUUAGUUUGUGUUUUAAUUGAUGAAAUCGAGUCGCUUGCGCAUGCGCGAAACCAAUGCGUUUCUGGAAACGAACCGUCGGAUUCGAUCCGUGUUGUCAAUGCAGUUUUGACACAAAUCGAUCGCAUCAAACGAUACUCAAAUGUUUUAAUUUUAACAACUUCGAAUAUUACGGAAUCAAUCGACUUGGCAUUUAUUGAUAGGGCUGAUAUUAAACAAUACUUGGGGUUACCAACCCCCACCGCCAUUUGCAAAGUGUACCACUCGUGUAUCGAAGAAUUAAUAAAAGCACAAGUUAUUAAAUGUGAUGAGGUGGAAAGUAACAACAAGGAGAAAUUAUGGGAAAUAUGCGAGAAAAGUCAAGGUUUGAGUGGACGAUCCUUGAGGAAGAUUCCCUUCAUCGCGCAUGCGCUUUACCUGGAGGGGAGUUCCAUCGAUUUGGGGAAAUUUCUCGCCGCCAUGUUGUCAGCAAUCGAACGGGAAAAGAAGGAACGUCAAUAUUUCGAAAAAUAAUAACUUGUUGUGGUAGAAAAAAUAUACAAUUGCUUUCGUGACUUCAAA